CCGCGCGACUUCAUCGAAACCACCACAGAGUCAGUGCACCAAUGGCUAACGGAUAAACGUCGUUGUUUGUUGCCGAUCGCUCUGAAAAAUAAUUCGAACAAUAAUAAUUAUUAUCGCCGGUACGUCGUUUUUGUGAUUAUAGCUCAUUAACAAUACACUUUAUUAUUGUGACGAUAUUUUUAACACUCCGUGUGCGUCUUGUGGAUUUCAAACGAUAUAGGUAUUGUCAUAAUUUUUUCUCGGUCUCUUAAAUUUGUCUAAGACAAAACGUCAUGUAAUCGAAUACGGAUUUCACGAUAAUACUGACAUCUUGCGAGUCCUAGUGCCGUUUGGACAACCUUACUGUAUCUAUAUAGGUAUCGAAGAUACGACGUCCGAUAAAGGAAUAAUUCACUGACGUGAUAUUUUGGUCUGUAGAUCUAAUGCUUGUGCCACAAUGAAGCACGAAAGUCAACAUCCUGAGCUCAUUUCAAACGGAAAAGGAAAGCCUUUCAAAAAAAGCAUCAGUUUAAGUGCCUUGGGUCUAGGAAAGCUGUGGCGAAGGCGAUCUGUGACCAUAACCGAGUACGAUCCAUGUUACAAGGUCGUCUAUCUGGGCAACGUCCUCACUGGCAUAGCUAAAGGUGAAAUGUGCGUGGAAAAACCGCUGUGCAGCCUGUGGAAGAACUACACGUGUAACCAGAAACCGGACGUACACAUGAAGCUGACCAUCACGCAGUCGGGACUGAAGGCGUUCACCAAGGAGCACGGGCUUACCGAGUACUGGAGUCACCGAGUCACCUAUUGUCUGGCGUCGCCACAGUUCCCUCGUAUUUUCUGUUGGGUGUACCGGCACGAGGGUCGCAAGCUCAAGCAGGAACUCCGGUGCCACGCGGUCGUGUGUACUAAGGAGUCGGUGGCCAGGCAGAUCGCUGGCCAGCUGCGCGGCCGCCUGGCGCAGGCGCUCAGCGAGUUCAAGCGGGACAAGAUCAGCCGGCAGAACGCCCGGCUAUCAUUGGCCAACAGCGUGUACGAGAAUCCGUCGCUGCCCCGACGCAAGAUCUUGUUGUCAACCGGGUCGCACAACUACAGGCCGCCGCUGGAGCGGUCGAAGUCUGCGCCGAGGCUCGUGUCCAUCGAAGAAAGCCUGGAAGAGGACGAAGAACCGGCUGAUUCUUGUGCGGCGUUCAGGAGGUGCCGAGCCGAGAACCGGUUGCGAACCGGCACGCUUCGAAACCGGUUGGGUGGACUCCAUGGUUACAGGGAGACGGCUGCCGCCACUGCCGCCGCCAUAACCGCUGCUACCGUCGCCGCCGCCGCUGCCAGCGCUGCUACCCAUGCAUCCACCGACAUCACUACCGAUACCACUGAAAUGGUGAACGAGAUCGAAAACCGACUUGCCAAAAGCCUGCAGCUCGGGGACGACGGCUCGACUGACGACAGCGCUCAAUCGUACCAAAACGUAGAUUGCAAUUCAGUUGAAUCGCUGCCGUCUUACCGAGACGUCAUAGCCGAAGAUCAAGAGUCGACUUCGUCCUCUUCGUCGUCAACAAUUUGCGUAGAUCAACAGCAGCAUGAACUGCUUCCCAAAUACAACGAAGUGAUCGUCGACUGUCCACAAGGUCCAGAAGAUGUGUGCUACAAAUACAACAGCCUGGUCCGGGACAGGAAGAGACUAUUCGAGAGCAUAGGUGGUGGUGUGGGUGGACGUCGCGAUCAGUUCAAACGAAUAAGCUCAGAUUCGGAGUUACUUGGCGCCUAUAACAACCUGGUGAAAAAUAGGAAGCUCCUGUUCGAAGGCUGCCGGGAUGACGAUGGUGACGAUGAUUUGGACGUGGACGAGGAAGACUUGGAUGAGGACAAAGACUGUGGAUAUCCGGACGAUGAAUCCACGCCCAGCCUACAGAGCAUAUCCAGCGGAGGAUCAGACGCGUGCAAGAAGAUUGCAAUGGACCUUGACUCACUAUCGGAGGAGGAGGACAGCGAUGAGAGUGGUUAUGUGGAAGCCCCGCCGUCCCGUUGUCCUGCCGACGUGGCUACCCAUGUUGACAAGGAAAAGGAGCUGCACAAACGCAACAAUCACGCCGUGGCCACCAGGAAUGCUUCUGCCCGUCGGGUCGGUGCGUAAUAACCGUCCGCUCGAUAUCAUGUGAAAAAGACUUUUUUUUAGAAUUAUUAUUGAUUUUAUAAUUUUGAACGCGUAGGUGGUGUAUCGCCACCGUAUGUCUGGUGUACACCGAGACGACACGAUAUAUGACGACAUGAUAUAUGUUGUUAUUAUAUUUUUAUAGUAUAUAAUAUCAACUAUUAUUGUUAUUAUUAUUAUUGUUGUUUUUAUUCCAACUGCGUAUGACCCCAGCGUGGGUGUGUGUUGGUCAAAGAAGGAACAAGGACGUUGAGGACGGAUGAGUGCAAGGCGGCGAGUAACAAAAAAAAAAUAUUAAAAAUACCAACCACGAGAACAAGUUCCUCCGCGGUCGUCGUCAUAGCAGUUGUUUUCGCGUGGAAGAAAUAAUCGCCACAAUACUGUAGAUAACUCAUCGCGAGUGGCAUUAGUUAGCCUGCGGACAAAAACUAGUUUUUUUCCGUCAUUAUUAUUACUUUUAUUCUUUACGUUGUAAAAAAAAACCAACCAGUUUCCAAGUAUUUAUUUCAUCUUUUUUGUACAAAAUUAAUUGAACGCCACUGCUUUUCGUCGACGCUUUGCCACUCGCGCUCGCACGUCAUUAUUAUUAUAUAACAAUAUUAUAAUAAUAACAACAACAACAAUAAUAAUUAAUACUUUAUGUGUACGUUAUACGUACGUUCAUGUUUUAUUAUGUGUAAAUAUCACAAAUCGACCUAGUCAAGCAAUCGUAUUAUUAGGGAUUAGCGUCUAUCAUAGGUAGCGAAUCACAUUUUUCAUAGUUUAUGUUAUGUAUAAAUAUAUAUGUAUGUGUCUGUAUGCGUUACGAGGAGGAAUGAAAGGAUAGAGCAAAAGGAACUGCAUGAGCCGGAGUUUUUCUUUUAGCCUUUGCAGACCGGGCUCGAGUCCACGACAUUACCACAAUGUUGUUAUGUAUUGGACGAAAAAGUAAAACAUACAAUUAAUACCAAAUAAGGUGCUAGCUAUAAUUUAUCGAAUUAGACUUUUGAUUAUAUUAUAUUCAGCAGUAGAUUCUGUUUAAGUAGAGGUGUGGGCCCACCCCAUACCUAUUUACGUAUAUGAUGUUAUAAUUAUAUUACUCUCUCAUUAUUACAUAUACUUUUUGUAUUUUACCCGUUCGAACAAAACACGCGACUUUAAAAUUUUUAAAAAAUAAUAUUAAUCAUAGACCGUCGUCUAACAAACGAUGCGUUUGUAUUUUUUUUUUUUUUGCAAAAAUUCAUUAUUAUAAAAUGUCAACCGACGUUCCUAUGGCCUUCUUUUUUAAUGGUAGAUUUUUAUUUUAAUGGAAAUCAGAGUCGAACAAAAAUAUUGCUUAAAACUUCAUAUAAUAUUCGCGUAGGUAUAAUAUUUUAUAUAGGUAGGUUUUAUUUCUAUGUGUGAACUCUACCUGUACCAACCCGAUUGCCGCAAUUAGAUAAUAAUACUAUGUUCAUUAAACUGAAAAUAAAAUAGAACCGUUUAUUAUGCGUGCAUCACAUAUAAUAAUAUAAUAAUUAUUACAAAUUCUUUGAACCCAAUUUAAUAAUAUGAUGUGUGAUGUACUGAUGCGUCUAGAUUAAAUGAUAGAAUAAAUACUUAAAUAGAAAUGUUAAACUAUUAGAUAACGUAGGUAUCACAUAAAUAUA